GGAGAAACUAGUUAGUACUAAAUAUGUUGUUUACGCCGUUAAAAGUCGAUUAUUUAAAUGUUGUAUUUAACAGACUGGUACGGAACGUCCACGGAUUUAGAUUUGUUUGAUGCCAUACUGCUAAAUACUACACGUAUUGGUCAUGGUUAUGCGUUAAUGAAACAUCCCAUUUUAUGGAAAGCCGUUAAGGAGCGGAACAUUGCCGUUGAAGUGUGUCCGAUAUCGAAUCAAGUUCUGCACUUACUUUGGGAUUUACGCAAUCAUCCUGGAGCAUUUUAUUUAUCGCAAAAUAUACCGGUGGUUAUAUCUAGUGAUGAUCCAGGGUUUUGGGGUGCGAAAGACUUAAGCUAUGAUUAUUACUACGCUAUAAUGAGCUUAGCUUCGAAUCAAAGUGGCUUAAGAACUUUGAAACAAUUAGUGUGGAAUUCGAUAAGUUAUUCUACGUUGAAUAAAACCGAAAGGGCGUUAGCCAAUGCCACCCUAAAAAGACAAUGGGAUCUUUUCCUGGAUGGCAUUCUAAAUGAAAACCAGUAAGAGGCUAAAACAAAACAAGAAAAUUAAGUUAAAAGUGCUACGGAAGCAACUCAAAAAAAGGACAAGGGCAGUGCAAUUGACUAACGCAACCCUAAAAAUCGAUGAAAUCAAAUAUAUAUAUAUGUACGUAAUUUUUGUG